CAUAUUUUCUUGUAUUCUUUAUAACAUAAUUAACAAUAGUAUUUAGAAAUGUUGGUAAUAUAAUGCCUUCAGUAAACAAAAAACGAAAAAAUUCGACUAACUGUGGAGAAUCAACAGCUAAAAAGUCAAGAUCAAGUAAUAUGAAUCGACAGCGAAACAUCAGUGAUUUGUUAAUGGGUAGUGGAAAGAGGAGACAGCCUGCUAGUGCAAGAUCUCACGGAAAAACAUCCUCGCACUCUCAAUCUUCGUUUUCCACAAAAAAAUGUUUAAAGUGGUUCCAGGAAUAUUCCGAAAUGAAUGAUGUCAUUGAUCCUGAAGGGAUGGAAAAAUUUUGUGAGGACAUUUCUGUAGAGCCAGAAAACGUUGUUAUGUUAGUGCUUGCUCACCAACUUGCCGCUAAACAGAUGGGCUAUUUUACUCAGGGCGAGUGGGAAAAAGGAAUGGGGAAUCUGCAAUGUGACACUGCAGAGAAAUUGAAAUCGAAACUUGAUUAUUUACGUUCUCUUCUCAAUGAUCCUUCCGAAUUUAAAAAUAUUUAUAGAUAUGCGUUUGAUUUUGCAAGGGAGCCUGAUCAAAGAUGCAUUGAUAUCGAAGUUGCAAAAGGAAUGUUGCAAUUACUUCUUGGAUCAAAGUGGUCAAUGUUUUCAAAAUUUUAUGAUUUUUUAGAGAAAUCGAGAUAUAAAUCAUUGAACAGAGAUCAAUGGAAUAACGUUUUAGAAUUCAGUCGUGCGAUCAAACCUGACUUUUCUAAUUAUGAUGUGGAUGGAGCAUGGCCAGUUCUUAUUGAUGAAUUUGUUGAAUGGUACAAAGAAAAUUCUUAAUCAUUGAUGUUUCAGUCAUUCUGAUUAUUCUGUUAGCAAGGCACUGCUGUCAUAUUAUUGUAGGUCAUCGACAAUUAUAAUCUAUGACUAUAAUUGUAUUACAGUCAAGUACACAGGAUUCUAAUAUAGGAAAAUUUUUUAAUCAAUGCUACAUUUGCGAGGUACAAAUGUAGUCAAAAGUAGUCUGCUGGACUUUACUGCUUUGUUACAAUGUAAGUUCCAAGGACUGAAUUGAUUUGGUCAAGUUGCGCUGCUAUCAUUUUUCUAUGAAACAGGAUGUCAGUGGAUUUACACUUUUGCAUCUUCUAUUUUUUAACUGGCAACAAAAUCAUUUCAGAGUGUUUGAAUGCGCACCACACUUUAGAAAAUAUUUGGGGCAUUUUUACACUUGUGAACUGGAAACAAUAGGUAAUUUAUCUAGUUGUGCCAUGAUCUUACAUUAUUUGUCUCAGAUAUAGAUCGAAAUCAAACAAGCGUAUUUCUAAUAGUUACAAUUUGUCACAUCAAUUUAAUCGGACUCACAAUGCGAUAAAUUGUAGCUUUGUUGUGAAAUACACCACCAUGUACUAUGUUUUUGUUACAGUAUUUUUCAAAACAUUUUGUACAUAUUUUUUUUUCAAAAUUGCUUUGAAAUCUCCAACUUUAAAAAUUGUCACCACGAUGAAGUACUCAGAAAGCAACUCCUCAUUGAUAGGUGGUAUCUGACUCCGUUUAUACUGUACUGUUGCUUACCAUAUUAUAAUGUUAACUACCAUAACAUGAAUUUUAUUCAUCUAUCGCUGACAAAAAUCCUUUUCAUGUAUUUGAGAAGCGAAACUUCUUUUCUUGUUUUUCGAUUUUUUUCUCUUUUGUUGAUGUUUUAGUUUAAUAUUUCCAUGUGUACUCCAUUUAUUUAACAAAUUCUUCGCAUUUGUUUGAUUCUGCGUAGGAAUAUUUUUAUGCAAGUUCAUGAAGAUAAUUAAUAUUGGGAUAUGCUUUGUUUUUAUUAUUUCCCCCCUUGCUCAGGAGUGGGUAUGCACCUGUAUAAUAUUUUAGGUUUUUCUCUAAGUUACCUUUCUUGAUUGCAUGGAGAAAUAAUAUACUUAGUUUGAAUUGAAUACUUCCUAAUUGCUAUGUAUUACAAAUUCGGAGAAAGGAUUGAUGAUUUGAUAAAUGAUUAGGUAAAUAUUUCUGAAGACAUUUUCACGGCACCGUUGUUACAUUGUUAAACCUUUUAAUAUCCCAGCUAGAUCUUACGAAUGGGUUCCCGAGUAUCGAUUUUCGUGUUUACUUCUGUUAUCUUGGUUAGUCCGUCAACCGUGACGUAAUAAUCAGAAUUUUAGCAGCGACAUGUGCACUUUUUUUCACAUAAGUUUCUAAAAGUCUGUGUGAUACUGGGGUUGAAAUAAGGUAUCGGUACUUCUAAAUGGCAGGUGAGUAUUUCGAAUAAAACUAUGAUUAUGAA